AUGUCAGGGCCACCGAGCAUCCGCCAUGCGACGAAAGAAGAUGUUCCCACGAUCCUAGGAUUCAUCAGAGCAGGCGCCGCAGCCACCAGUUGCGCAGACCGCGUAAAGGCUACGGAAUCCAGCCUCGAGGCAACGCUCAUAUUCGGAGAACCCGGCUCCUCACAGACGCCACAAUCAGGCUUCGCGCGGACUCUUUUGCUCAUCGCUCCCGAAGGAGAGACUGCGGGCAUGGCGGUUUAUUAUUACAACUACUCCACUUGGCUCGCACAGCCCGGAGUCUUCCUGGAAGAGCUCUAUGUGAGCCCGGACUAUAGACGGCGAGGUUAUGCUAAGCUGCUGAUCAGAGAGCUGGCAAAGCAGGCGCGGAAGGUCAGUGGCGGCAAAUUGGAAUGGGUGUGUCUCCGGGACAAUGCGACAGCGCUGAAACUAUAUGAGAGCUUGGGAGCGAAGCGGAUGGAAGACUGGGUGACUCUUCGGGUUGAUGGGGAGGCGCUAGACAAUCUGCUGGAUGAAAAAUGA